AUGGCUCCAUACCCAGAACCAGAUCCAAACCUCAACCAAAACCCACCUCCAUACCACGACUGGACCGUGAUUCCCGACACGGCGCUCCUCCCUCCGCCCCCGCCCCUCCCAGAGGACUACAGCCCGACGAACAACGCCAGCUACGACUCGGCCGCCCGCGCUCACGAGUGGUGCGCCGCACACCCGGUCUACACGCCAUCGCGGCCGUCAGCGAACCUACACGCGCUCGCGGCUCGAGGAGAGAUCGCGCUGGAGACACCGCCUCGGCCACUUAUAGCCAGAGGGUUCACAUUGCAGCCAAUACCGACCUCAACCGACAUAAUCUCCUCCUCCACACCCAGGAAUAUAACAACAACGACAACGUCUACAUCACAAUCACAACCUGCAUCCACCUCCUGGCUCAUCCGCACCACCCCCGCCCAGCAAGAUGCCAUCAUCACAUCCAGUCUCCCGUUAUACUUUGCCGCGACAGACAACCCGUUGGUCGGCCACGCCCACAGCCACGACCAACAGAAACCCAAGACCAAGACCAUCUACUUCGAGAUUGUGGUGCGCAGAAUCGUCAAUGAGUCGUCGGGCGUGGCAAUCGGGUUCGCCGCCAAACCGUACCCGCCGUGGCGUCUGCCGGGCUGGCACCGCGCCAGUAUCGGCGUGCAUGGGGACGAUGGACGACGGUUCGUCAAUGAUUCGUGGGGAGGAAGGGAUUUUGUCAAUGCUUUCCAAGAGGGCGAGACCAUCGGUGUCGGCAUGACGUUUGAGCCCAGUCCAGCAGUGGCUGCAAGUUCAAUCCCACCGUACAGUGAUGGCAACGGCAGUGGCAACGGCAAAGGCAAAGGCAACACCACCAACUCCCCCUACACCAAAGGCAACGGUACCGGCAAAGACAACAGCAAAGGCAAUGGCAAAGGCAAUGGCAAAGGCAAUGGCAAAGGCAAUAGCACCAACUCCCCCUACACCAAAGUCAACACCACCGCAUUCAUCACCAGACAAGGCCGCACCGAUCCGCGUUGGAGCUGGCCCAUCGACGAGGAGCGCGACGUGCGCGACGAGGGCGUCGAUGGCCUCAUGGGCGAAGCGGACCUAUAUGCCGCCAUUGGAGUGUUUGGCGGGGUGGAGAUUGAAGUCCGAUUCGGCCGUGAUCUGAGAUGGACCAUGGAUGCCGGAAUCUAG